AGUCGCGGCUGUAGCUGCGGCCGCCUCCUGAGCUGACCAGGGUCUGGGGACGGGUCCCUCCUGGCGUCCUUCGGUUGCUCUGGUUGCCUUCAUUGAGGAUGAGUACCCGUGCCGCUGUUUACCGACCCCGUGGAGACCAGCGGCGCACUUUCAUCUAGCGACUGGUCGCCCUUGCAAUUAUGGAUUUUUAAAAGGAUCAGACAGUGUGGAGGGGGAGUUCCCCUCCUCACUCCCCCUUGGUGCUUGACUCCAGGAAUAAUUUGUAAAUCUGGAAGUUUUUUUUUUUAUGAAGAACUUUGAUACAAACUUUAUAGAAUUAUUUAUAAUUUUUUGAUUUAAGUGCCAAAAAAUUAUAUAAAGAUAUAUAGUUUUAUACGAUUGUUAUAAGGAUUUAAAUUAUAAUCCAAAAAGAGUCAUUUAUUCUCUAUAAUUCUUCCUGAAUAGAACCUUUGUGUCUUGGCUUUUUCAUUUUUGAAAAUUAGUCUUAAAGGGACUAUUCUGAAGAAGUAAGCAGUGAAAAAGCAAUUAGGAUGAAUUCUCCCAUCCCUGACUGCACGUCAAAAUGUCGAUCCCUGAAGCAUGCUCUGGAUGUCCUUUCUGUUGUAACAAAGGGGAGUGAAAACCAGAUUAAGACUUUUCUCUCCAGUCAUUGUUACAAUGCUGCUACUAUCAAAGAUGCCUUUGGCAGGAAUGCCCUCCACCUUGUUUCCUCCUGUGGAAAGAAAGGAGUGUUAGAUUGGCUUAUUGAGAAAGGAGUGGAUCCACUGGUAAAAGACAAGGAGUCUGGCUGGACAGCAUUGCACAGGAGCAUUUUUUAUGGACAUAUUGAUUGUGUUUGGUCUCUGUUGAAGCAUGGUGUAAAUUUGUAUAUGCAAGAUAAAGAAGGCUUGUCACCUUUGGAUCUUCUAAUGAAGGAUAGACCAACUCAUGUAGUAUUUAAGAAUACUGAUCCAACCGAUGUCUACACUUGGGGUGAUAAUACAAAUUUUACUCUGGGUCAUGGAAGUCAGAAUAGCAAGCAUCACCCAGAGUUAGUGGAUUUGUUCUCCAGGAGUGGUGUUUACAUCAAGCAGGUAAUUGGAAGUAUAUGUGGACUUUCAGAGAUUAGAAAGAAUUUUGAAUUUGAUAGUUGA